AUGGCUUCUGUUAUCGUUGUGGAAAACGAAAUCAAGAAUUCCGUGAUCGAGUACGGUCAGAUCAUCGACUCGGUCCACCAAAACUCGCAGUUUUCCGACUCCUUGAAGCAAUACUUUGACAUCCGGGGCAACAUCACCAACAGAAAUGAAGUGGCCACGAAAAUUCUCGAUGCUUCAACCUCAGAAACAUUGAGCAAGUUGAGCGACAAGGAGUUUGAGCCUGCGUUCUACUUACUUGCGUACCUUUUGAGCGAGCUAGAAGCAGCAUCGUUCGAGAGACUUUUGCAAAAAGACUCUGCCCUUUUGAAACUUUUGGUUGAGUCCACUCCCGCACAACAGCCAUCUUUGAGAGACAGAAGAUCGCUCAAGCCCACGACGAUCAUGUCUAUUCUCAACACUUUCUUCAACUUCUUGCCCUCUUCGUCGCCGUCAAGAAUCCACCUUGUGGAGUUGAUUUUGACUAUUGUCAAGAACACCCAAAUUGAUUUUGCAUUGAUCCAGCUGUCGAUCGGAGACAACUUGGUUGGCUGGUUGAACGCCGCAGGUGCUUCUCGCGAGGAAACUGCCCGCUUGUUCUGGCUGUUUGUCAAGUUGGACUCGGCCUACUCGGAAAAGUCUUUGCAAUUGAUCAAAAAAUUCACAGCGCAAUUCACUCUCUCUUUGGAAGAGUUGCAUGACUUGAUCAUUUUCGCCUUGAACUCUUCUGUUGUGGAUGUUUCCUUCUUGGUCAACAACAAUGUUGCCGCAGCUUUGCACGAGAACUCCUCUGAUGCCUUGGCCCAGACAUUUAUCCAGUACACCCAAGGUAACUUGGUGUCUGCUGUUCCUGCUCCAUUGCCAGAAUCUGUGGCACAAAAGUCAAAGAUUUUGGCCUUGGCCAAGUUCUUUGUUUCCCACCCAGACAAAAAAUUGUUCAGCUACGGCGACAUCCCAAGCGUGUUGGUUUCUUCUCCUGCAGCCUUCGAGAAGUUGUUGAUCGACUCGAUCAAGGGCGGUGUCAUUGAAGGAAAAUUGAACCAGGUGGAUGAGUCCUUUUACUUGGUGCGUGUCAACCGUUUCAUCUUGGCUGGAGAUGAGAAACUUGCGCAGGACUGGGAAGCAGUUAGAAAUGCUCUUCUUGAGUGGAAGUCAUCUUUGGUUAACAUUAACGAGAUUGUGGACAAUGCAAAGGAAAAUAUUGUCAACAACGGUGCCAACUAG